AAAAGGCCGGAGGAAGCGUCGCAGGAAUUACGCGUGUGGUCGCGUCUCCUGCGGUUGGUGUGGGCGCGACAGCUUGCCAGACAACGGGGCGUGUGUGACGGAGGAUUGGAGUGCAGAGGAGGAAAAUGGCUAUUGUACAUUCAAAAGCAAGGUUCAAGUUCUGCCUUUUCCAGACUCUGCACUUCUCUAAGAUAGGAACCCAGAAGAGGACUGGUCAUUUCUUGCAGCUAUAAAAACCAUGCCUCAGGUGGUGCCCUCUGACUCCUGGCUGAAGCAAACGCAGACCUCUUCUGGAGAAAAGUAAGAGGACUUUAGAAUUCUCACGAAUUAAGAUCAACAAAAGCACUCUGAAGAUACCCUGCUAUUCUGGCUUCUACUGUAGUUCUUGAGACAUCUGCCAUCUGUUUCAUUGUUGUUUCCUUGUGGGGAAGCCACAGCCAGACAUCCAACUCUAGAGUGGGAAGAAGGGUUGACUUUGAGGGGACAGCACAAAGACUUGCCUUCAAAGUGCAUAAUUAAGGACCUAUCUCCAAUAAAACACAUUAGUGAAACAGAAGUAUGUCAAUGGGAAAUGAGUGACAGGCUUGAAACCUGUGGACUUGCGGAGACCAAUUCCAGAGAUUAUUUGGAAGUCAAAGGCAAGUUGGAAAAGCAACAAGAAAAUCAGAGGGAAUAUUUCAGGCAAGGGAUGAUCACAUAUAACAAAAUGUCAAUUUUCAACCAGCAUAGCUACAUACCUCAACAUCCAAGAUGUCUUUCUUCAGAGAAGCCCUAUAAAUGUAAGGAAUGUGGGAAAGCCUUCAGACGAGCCUCACACCUGACUCAACAUCAGAGUAUUCAUACUGGUGAGAAACCCUAUGAAUGUAAGCAGUGUGGGAAAGCCUUUAGUCGUGAUUCUCAGCUCAGUCUUCAUCAGAGACUUCAUACUGGUGAGAAGCCCUAUUCAUGCAAGGAAUGUGGGAAGGCCUUUACUCAAAGCUCACAACUUAUUUUACAUCACAGAAUUCAUACUGGUGAAAAGCCAUAUAAAUGUGAAGAAUGUGGGAAAUCCUUUAUUCGUAGCUCACAACUCACACGACAUCAAAAAGUCCAUACUGGAGAGAAACCUUAUGAAUGUAAAGAAUGUGGGAAGGCCUUUACUCAGAACUCACAACUUACUUUGCAUCAGAGACUUCAUACUGGUGAGAAGCUCUAUGAAUGUAAGGAAUGUAGAAAGGUCUUUACUCAGCUCUCACAACUUAUUCUGCAUAGAAGAAUUCAUACUGGUGAGAAACCCUAUGAAUGUAAGGAAUGUGGGAAGGCUUUUAUUUGUGGUUCACAGCUUUCCCAACAUCAGAAAAUUCAUAAUGGGGAAAAGCCAUAUGAAUGUAAGGAAUGUGGAAAAGCCUUUAUUCGGGGUUCACUACUUAUGCAACAUCAGCGGAUUCAUACUGGUGAAAAACCCUAUAAAUGUGAAGAAUGUGGGAAGGCCUUUAUCCGUGGCUCACAACUUACUCAACACCAGAGAAUUCAUACUAAUGAGAAACCCUAUGAGUGUAAGGAAUGUGGAAAAACCUUUAGUCAUGGCUCACAACUUACUCAACAUCAAAGAAUUCAUACUGGUGAGAAACCCUAUCAGUGUAAGGAGUGUGGAAAGGCCUUUAAUCGUGGUUCACUCCUCACUCGACAUCAGAGAAUUCACACUGGUGAAAAACCCUAUGAAUGUAAAGAGUGUGGAAAAAAUUUUAGUCGAGGUUCAGAACUUACUCAACAUGAGAGAAUUCACACCGGUGAGAAACCCUAUGAAUGCAAGGAAUGUGGAAAGUCUUUUAUUCGUGGCUCACAGCUUACUCAACAUCAAAGAAUCCAUACUGGUGAAAAACCUUAUGAAUGUAAAGAAUGCAGAAUGGCCUUUACUCAAAGUUCCCAUCUUUCUCAACACCAGAGACUUCAUACUGGUGAGAAACCCUAUGUAUGUAAUGAAUGUGGGAAGGCCUUUGCUCGUGGCUUACUGCUUAUACAACAUCAGAGAAUUCAUACUGGUGAGAAACCGUAUCAGUGUAAGGAAUGUGGGAAGGCCUUUAUUCGCGGUUCACAGCUUACUCAACACCAGCGAAUUCAUACUGGAGAAAAACCCUAUGAAUGCAAGGAAUGUGGGAAGGCCUUUAGUCAUGGCUCUCAACUUACUCUACAUCAGAGAAUCCAUACUGGUGAGAAGCCCUAUGAAUGCAAAGAAUGUAGAAAGGCCUUUACUCAGAGCUCACAUCUUUCCCGACAUCAGCGAGUUCAUACUGGUGAAAAACCUUAUCGAUGCAAGGAAUGUGGGAAAGCCUUUACGCGUGGUUCACAACUAACUCAACAUCAGAGAAUUCAUAUCAGUGAUAAAGCUUUUGACUAUAAGGAAUGUGGAAUAGACUUUAGUCAUGAUUCACAAGUUUUUAUAUGAAUUAUGUGAUUGUUUAUGAUUAGCAUGGAGAGAGCUAUCUCUGGUCAUCCAUUAUCAGUAAAGAAUUCCAAAUGUGAAUAUGGGACAUGUUUCUCAUAAAGCUCAGCAUCCAAGAAUUUAGAUGGGAGAAUAGAAUUGUUAGUGUAAAACACACUAGGAAAAGCUUUCAUUACUGGAACACUACUAAACAAUAGCAAAUUAAAAUGGAAAAUAAUUGUUAAUGUAAUAAAUACAGAAAGGCCUUUACCCUUUGCAAAUGUCCUUUUCAACAUUGUCUUUGCUCUACUAGUUGAUUUCCUUUAUGAAAUUUAUCAUAAGAAACCUUUGCUUUGGUUUAAUCAUUUGUAAGAUAGACCUAAGACUGAUACUUUUGUAAGAUUCUGGGAAGUAUUAUGGGUUACUACAUGUAAAAAGCUCUUAGGUCAAUGUCUUGAGCAUACCAUACCACAAAUGUGAAGUGCUGUUUUCACUAUUGCUAUUUUAGAGGGUGAACAUGAGAGGAGGGCACUUGUGAGUGUAUUUAAUAUCAAGAAAUCAUUUAUCUCAGAUUAUUUGGAUAGGGGCACUGUAUGAUGUUUUGAGUGUGAUAAAGCUUUCUUUGAAAUCUCAUCUAAUUUAGCAGAAGGGGAAAUUCAUACUGUAAAGAAACCUUCCAGUGUUAAUCUGCAGAUUGUUGAGCAAAAAUGAAUUUAGGAGAGAUGUGAAGCAGUUUCUCAUGAAGUCCAAAUACUUGUAUUUUACACUAUUUCUGACUUCAAGAAUAUUGUUUAGAAAAGAAAAACUAGUAGUCAAAAUAAAUCUACCAGGAAAUUCCUAAAAACUUUAAUGUGUUCCAUUUGAAUUAAACUAAAAAAUUGACAUUAACAAACAUUUUGCAAUAGAAAUGAUUAAAGAAAGGAGUCUUCUACCCAAAUGUCCAGUUUUCCUUCUUUGAUAACAAUGUCCAUAUUUCCCUUCUUUAAUCUUGGGCUGAAAAACUUUCUCAGUCUCCCUUGCAGGCUGACAUGAUAG